AUGGCUCCCUUCCUCAGGCCAUCUACCUGGACUCAGGCCCUCCUGGGAGGUGCUCUCUGUUUAUGUGUGCUGUCUGUACUACUGUCUCCUGUCUGUUGUUCCCGUGGCCCACCAAACUGGCGCUUCACUACCUCUGAAGUUGUGAUUCCCAGGAAGGUUCCCCAGAGAAGGGGUGGAAGUAAUAUGCCAGAUGAGAUCACCUAUAGCAUGCGCUUUAGGGGACAAAGACACGUGAUCCACAUGAAACUCAAGAAGAACAUGAUUCCCGAAAAUUUGCCUGUGUUCACUACCAAUGACCAAGGAGCUGAGCAGGAGGAGUACCCAUUUAUUCCUCGGGACUGUUACUUCUACAGCUACCUGGAAGGGGUCCCUGGGUCCCUAGCUACACUAGAUACCUGCAAUGGAGGUCUUAAGGGCAUGAUACAGGUGGAUGACUUCACUUAUGAAAUCAAACCACUGGCAUCUUCUCCCAAGUUUGAGCAUGUUGUUUCUCUGCUAGUGGUGGAAGAAAAGUCACGUAAGUCUAGAAAGUGUAGACAUGAUGAGGAUGUGGCAGAGGUCAGUGAAUACCCUGAAGAGAUGAAGUUUGCUGGAAGCGCCAGAGCAGCUCCGGUGUAUUUGUGGCGUGUGCAUAGGAAAAAUUUAAGACUGCACUAUGUGGUGACUAAUGCAGUAUACAAAAGGACCUCAAAUUUUAGCAAAACAGCUGAAAUGGUAUUGAUUAUGAACAGCAUAGUAGAUAGCAUUUAUCAGCCAACUGGCAUGGGUAUCUUUGUACGUGCUAUAUGUAUUUGGUAUCAACAUGACUCAUAUAAUGUGUAUAGAUUUAGGAGAGAUCCUUGGGCCUUGACGAGCAAUUUUGGCAUGUGGAAAGUACCCUUUCAUAGGGUAAUAGAACACUCCAUUUCUAUUCUUAUGACAGGACAUAGAGUUGGAAAUAGGGAUUAUCUUAGCAAUUCUGGUGGACUGUGCAACCCAAACUGGGGAGUAAUGUAUCUAUAUAUACAUUUCCAUCACUUUCUGACUACGACAGUGCUUGCUCAUGGAAUAGGUCAUUUUUUUAAAAUGCAGCAUGAUCUCCCAGGCUGUGUUUGUUUCAGAAGAAGCAGCUGUGUCAUGACUGAAUUUCCUACUCUUCAGGAUAUGCUGAGCAAUUGUUCCCAAAAGCAAAUACAUGUAUGGGUUCACGGCUGGGAUCCGUGCCUGAGUGAGGAACGUGUGCCCUAUAACAAUUUUAAAUAUGUCGUUCGUCGAUGUGGAGAUAAGACUGUGGAUGAGAAAGAGCAAUGUGACUGUGGUUCCCUGAAAGACUGUAUUAAUAAUAAAUGUUGCACAACCACUUGUGAGUAUACUGAGGACAGCACUUGCGAUGUGGGAGGUUGCUGUAAAGAUUGUGUCUUUGCACCUUCUGGAACGAGGUGCAGAGACAAACUUGGUGUUUGUGAUCUGCCAGAAUACUGUAAUGGACUCUCAAACGAUUGCCCAGAUAAUGUUUACAUCAUGGAUGGAACACCCUGCUCAGCAGGAGCAGUUUGCAUGAGAGGAAACUGCAGUGACCGUGAUUUGCAGUGUCAAGCUCUUUUUGGGUACCAAGUCAAGGAUGGUUCGCCAGCAUGCUAUAAAGAAUUAAAUCGCAAGGGUGACCGAUUUGGAAACUGUGGGGUUAAAAAACUACGAGGAGGGAGCAACACUAUCCCAUGUCAAGACGAUGAUAUUUUUUGUGGGCUGCUGCACUGUGAAGGUGUCACUCGUAUUCCUGGUGGAGGUCAGCAUGCUACAUUUCAUCACAUAAAGGUAAAAGAUGUUAAAGAACAACAGUGCUUUGGUUAUGAUGUACACCAUGGACUAGAUAUUCCAUUUGUGGGGCUUGUAGUGGACGGUGCAACCUGUGGCCCAGGGAAAUACUGUAGAAGACAAUCCUGUGUUUUUCAUCAAACCUUGCAUUAUAAGUGCAACAUUAGCUCCUGUAGCUUCAGAGGAGUGUGUAACAACAAAGGCAAUUGUCACUGUGUGCAAGGCUGGCAACCACCAACAUGUGAACAAAGAGGAACAGGUGGUAGUGUAAACAGCGGCCCUCCACCUAUCAUGGAAAAAAUGCUUGAGGUAACCUUAAAUGUGACUAUAAACAAGAUCUUACUUGUUUUAAUUACUCGUUUGUUUCUUAUCUUGGCUUCACUUCUUUUUGGUGGAAUUACAAGAGCCGUGAUACUCAUAGACAAAGAAGCAGGACAACAGCCUAGUGGACAAGUGCCUGGCGGAAAAGCACCUGGUGAAAAAGCGCCUGAUGGAAAAGCGCCUGGUGGAAAAGCGCCUGGUGAAAAAGCGCCUGGUGGAAAAGCACCUGGUGGAAAAGCUCCUAGUGGAAAAGCGCCACGUGGAAAGUAA